GUCAGAAUAAAUUCGGCAUAUUUCGUAGAAAGCACUAUGACAUCCUUCCAUGCGUAAAAUUACUUGCACCAAAACGUAGUUGAAGAGAGCAUCACAGCAGAGGGAACAAAGAACAAGCGCAAUAUUUUUCUCACUGCAGGUUUUCCACUAGUGAAGUGCUCAAGAAACGACCAAUGACGCAGUCGGCGUCAGUGAAAGUUUUCCUGUGUGUGUUCAGCGUUAUCGUGUGCAUUCAGAGCAUCAAUGGACACUUCCACCACCACGCUCCUGUGUGGAAACCGCCCAAAGACAAGGCAUUUCCCAUAUGUGGAGAGGACCUAAGGGACAGAGCAAGAUGCAAGCUCCCGCCAUGGUGCCAUGCAGGUCAUGGCUACUGCUGCCGCUACGAGUGCGUCUGUGUAGGCCGAUAUAACCCUUGCCUUUUAUGGCGAGAAACGCCGUCGCCACCCAAGACCACAACGACCACAGCUCCACCCUGUAAAACGCAACCAACUACCGCUUCGACGCCAACUACGCGACCACCAAGAAGGCCGCCGAUGCCCCCGACGCCCGCUCCUCCUUUCGGUCGAAAAUUUCGAGUAAUGUUGAAUUAAAGCAGUGGUUCUAGUCAGCAGAAAA